CCCUGGUUUAGUUGCAAUACCAAACAAUUGCAGUUGGAGAACGAAAUGAGCGCGGGAAAACGUGGAGCCUUGAUAAUAUUCGAAGGAUGCGAUCGCAGUGGAAAGACCACUCAAAGCCGCCUCCUGGUUGAGCUCUUGAAAUCCCAGGACGUUCCCGUCCAGGCCAUGAACUUUCCGGAACGCACUUCCAGCAUUGGCCAGGUGAUAAACUCCUAUCUAACCAACAGCAAGGACCUGUCGGAUGAGGUUAUCCACCUGAUGUUCUCCGCCAAUCGCUGGGAGCACAUGAACCAGAUGAAGCAGAAGCUUUUGGAGGGCAAAACCCUGAUUGUAGAUCGAUAUUCCUACUCUGGAGUGGCUUAUAGUGCGGGCAAGGGAUUGGAUUUCGACUGGUGCUAUGCCCCGGAAAGAGGGCUCCUAAAACCAGAUGCAGUUUUCUACCUGAGAGCUCCGGCCAGUGACCUUGCGAAUCGGGGCCAAUACGGUGAAGAGCGUUACGAAAAGGCGGAGUUCCAGGAGCGUGUGGCCAAGGUAUUCGAUCGCAUCUGCUCCAAGGAGGCCAGCUAUUGGCACCAGUUCGAUGCUAGCCAGCCGGCGGAGGAUUUGCAUGCCCAGAUAGCCAGUAUUACGGAUGAACUACUGCCCAAAGUGGCCAACCAGCCCCUGGAUAAGUUAUCAUAGCGCUGGGCCAUGCAUCGCCAUUCAUUAGAGGGGAUUUACCUUGAUUUAUGCAAUACACGGGUGUUUGUAAUAAAUGUUUUUAAAUGGCGCUUAA